AUGGCUGUGGAGGGCCAAAAGAAUCUGUACGGCGUACAUCCCUUUUAUCUUUGCGUAGAAAAGGAUCAGAAAAGCCACGCAGUACUGCUGCUCAACAGCAAUGCAAUGGAAGCCACGCUUAUGCCUGCCCCCGCUAUUUCAUUUCGUACUAUUGGCGGAGUGUUGGACUUCUUUCUGAUCGUCGGGGACAAUCCUGAGCACGUGAUACAACUUUAUACUUCGCUCGUGGGAAGACCCAGAAUGCCACCUUACUGGGCCCUAGGCUUUCAACUCUCUCGAUAUGGAUACGACAACAUGGAAAAUCUGAAGAGGGCCAUAAACAGGACGAGAAGUGCUGGAAUCAUUCAGGAGGUGCAGUACUUGGACAUUGACCACUUUGAAGGAAAUAAGGAUUUUACUUAUGACAAGGAAAGGUUUAAGGAUCUCCCAGAGUUUAUAACCGAUACCAAGAAACAGUACGGGCUUAAAUGGAUUAUAAUCCUAGACCCAGCCAUUCCAGCUGCCACCAAUUAUGAUGUUUAUGAAGAGGGUAUUAAAAAGAAGGUAUACGUGGAGCGAUCACCGCCGUGGUCUAAGGAAAUGUUCCCGGAACACGUUCGAAAUGAAACAGCUGUCUACGGAAAGGUGUGGCCAGCUGAUGUGGUUGCCUUCCCGAACUUCUUCCGCGAUGAAACAGCUGAUUGGUGGACAGAAAGCAUCGUAAAGUAUCAUGAUACGUUAGCGUUUGACGGACUGUGGAUUGACAUGAAUGAACCUGCUAGUUUCGAGACAAACUCCGACCAUCCUUUCUACUGCGAAUCUUCUUGGGAUCCUCCUCCUGAGGAAUGCUGGAGCCUCAAAUGCCCCACCAGCGCAUUGGAAGACCCACCAUACAAUCCAUUGAAGAGCAGCGGCACCACAAGAUUGUCAACAAUGACUCUCUGCAUGGAAAGUCAGCACGCAGUGAACUCUGACACGUCUUUCAAGCACUACGAUGUCCACAGUUUGUACGGAUGGAGUCAAAGCAUUCCCACCAUCAAGGCGGCUGUACAAGCAACAGGGACUAGAUCUGUGGUCAUUUCGAGGUCCACUUUCCCCUCUAGUGGUCAAUUCGCUGGACAUUGGCUCGGGGACAACAGAAGUAUUUGGCCAGACUUGCAUAGAUCUAUCAUAGGAAUGCUGGAAUUUAACCUUUUUGGUAUACCGUACAUUGGUGCCGACGUUUGUGGCUUCAACGGAGAUACAACACCAGAAAUGUGCAAACGAUGGAUGCAAUUAGGAGCGUUCUACCCCUUCUUCAGGAAUCACAACGGAAAAGAUCAAAGGGAGCAAGACCCCUUAGCUCUAGGACCUGACGUGGCUGCGGCUUCGAAGGACGCCGUGGAUCGUCGCAUCCGCCUCAAUCCUUACCUCUACACCCUAUUCUACAGGGCGCAUAUGGAUGGCAGUACCGUUGUGCGACCCGUUUUCCACGAAUUUCCAGAAGACGAGAUUGCUUUGAGUUUAGAUACACAGUUCAUGUGGGGAUGUUCUCUUCUUAUUACGCCUAUUCUAAAAGAGGGAGCUAAGAGUGUACCUGUGUACUUACCGAAUGAUGAAUGGUGGUAUUUCCUUUAUGAAGAGAGCGUAAAGGAACCAGUGUCUAGCACGUACGUUUCGAAGAGCAGCACGGAAAAGCAUAUACCAUUGCACGUGCGAGGAGGUACUGUUCUCCCAAUCGGAACCAAAGUACACGGACCAGAGUCAAAAGAACUUAGCAACAGCCAUAUUCAACUUUAUGUCUUCCCGAAAAAUGGCAGAGCUAAAGGUGAACUCUUUGUUGACGAUGGUAUUUCAAAUGAAAAUAUUGAAAAGAGGCCUUAUUUCAUCUUCACUUUUGACUAUCAAAAUUGUUCCUUAACGAUUGAUUCGAUAAUAAACCACAGCGUAUUAGUAUCUCCAACUCUUGACUCCAUUGUUGUGUUUGGUGUGGGAAAUAUUGCCAACGUUUACAGCGAACACCAGGUCUUAAAAUUUUAUAUGGAUGACGAAAAAAAGAUUAUGACAGCUUAUGUGGAGAGUAGUAUGACUUCAAUCGAGAGCAUCACGUGGAGUAAUGCCAUUGGCGAAUGCGACAUGCAAUGA